CAUAGAGGUUCAAGUUAGAGAGAGAGAGAGAGAGAUGGAAGGGGGUUUAAGAGAGGGUUUCAGGUCCACCAACUGGUAGUUAGAGAUUGAGCUCCUUAACCAAACUCUUGAUUCAUCAUCAAUCAAAGUUCAAGUCUUUGAAACAAGGAAGAAGAAGAAGAAGGAAAUACAGAGAAUUCUGAAACAGAGCACCAACUACAGCUUUGGUUGGUUUUUUUUUACUCAAAGCUAAACUACCAAGAAGAGCUAAGAAAACCCACCAAAGCCCAAAAAUGGAAUCCCAUUUCUGGAAAAAAAGCAAAGCCAUCAUCUUUCCUUGAGUGACAUAGUAAAACUCCUCUCUUUUUCUCCGUAGUUUUUCUUUCCCUAGAGAGAGAAGCCUCUGUUUCAGACUCUGCUUCUCUUUCUCUCUCUUCCGUUUUGCGUGCGUGUGAGUCUCACGUGGGGUUUUGAAGCAGUGAUGCUAAUGGAUGAAGAAUAUCUAUGAUUGCAAAGAAGAGAGAGAGAGAGAGAGAGAGAGAGAGAGAGAGAGAGAGAAGAAACUAAAAGUGAAGAAACUCCCAAGUCUCUUUUGAAAUAAUACUCUUGUUUCACUUGUCUCUGUAUCUUUGGUUGGAUAAAGAACUUAGUUCUUGGGAUCGGAAAGUGUUUCGGUUCUGAGAGGGACUCUGUUUAAGCGAUCGGGUGUUGUUCUCUAAGACUUUUCUGUUCCCUCAAACAACCCACAACUGUUGCAGGUUCCCAGCUUUGGGGUCAAGUAUGUGAUCUGUGUCAAAUACAACUGGGCAAGAAGAUUUCGAAGUUUAACAAAGAUGGCAACUUAUUACAGUAAUUCAAAUGAUGAAAAAGAUGGUACACCAAUGCUCUAUUCAAGGGAACUCUCAACUAGUACAUAUCCAGAAACGCCUGUUCUUUCUGGAAACAUGAUGAUGUAUAUGAACUCGGGGUCAUACUCAGAUACAUUAGCUGGAAGUUCUCAGAACCAAAACAACUGCAUUGAAGUUGUUUCUUCUGUGGGGGCUUUGGAUGGUAACACCCAACAGCAGGAUAUCUUAUCACAUCUAGGUGGCUCACGUAUAGGAGAGCUGAAUCCUUAUGCAUGGAGAGAUAGUAGAAAUGAGAUGCCCGUAACGAACCCAAUAGAUGGUUCUGCAGCUAUUCUUCAUGGUGGACAGAACUUGCAAGGUCAGGGAUUGUCCCUCAGCCUCUCAUCAGGAAUGCAAGUGCCUUCUAUGUCAUACCGGAAUCCCAAUAUGGGUUUUGCCUCAUUCGCAAGUCCUAAUUCAUCAUUUUCAAGUGAGGGCAGGAAUGGCUCUUUCAGAGAUGAUCAGCCAAGAAAUGUCGAAUAUAUGCAACCUAGUUUCCCUGGAGGCAAUGCAGAUUCAAGUAAAGGGGACUUGUCUCCAUAUGGGAUGUCGAGUAUUGCAAGGAACAUUCCUAAUUCCAAGUACCUGAAAGCAGCACAACAACUACUUGAUGAAGUUGUCAAUGUCCAGAAAGCACUGAAGCUGCAUGAUAGGGAGAAGAACGAAGGUGCAAGUGAUCAUACGAUGAAGGGUUUCAAGGAGGGUGAUGAUAGAUCAAAGAACGAGAUUGAAAGUGGAGAAUCUUCAAACCCCCAAGAGUCCGCCAGUGACUCACCGUGUGAGCUUUCACAUGCUGAGAAACAAGAGUUGCAAAACAAGAUGACUAAACUUCUGUCUAUGUUAGAUGAGGUUGAUAGAAGGUACAAACAAUAUUAUCAUCAGAUGCAGAUUGUGGUAUCAUCGUUUGAUGUGAUAGCAGGAAGCGGGGCAGCUAAACCAUACACAGGAGUUGCUCUUCAAACCAUUUCUCGCCACUUUCGAUGCUUACGUGAUGCAAUUACUGGUCAGAUACGAACAACCCAAAAAGGCCUUGGGGAGCAAGGCACUUCAGGAAACAUUAAAGGGGUUGGAAUUACUCGCCUCCGUUACGUGGAUCAGCAGCUCAGGCAGCAAAGAGCCCUUCAGCAGCUUGGUAUGAUGCAACAGCAUGCAUGGAGGCCACAAAGAGGUCUGCCAGAAAGUUCUGUUUCCAUUCUGCGAGCAUGGCUAUUUGAACAUUUCCUCCAUCCCUAUCCCAAGGAUUCUGAUAAGAUCAUGCUAGCAAGGCAGACAGGCUUAACGAGAAGUCAGGUCUCAAAUUGGUUUAUAAAUGCACGGGUGCGUCUCUGGAAACCCAUGGUUGAGGAGAUGUACAACGAAGAGGCUGGUGAUGCUGAAAUGGAAUCUAAUUCUUCAUCUGAAAAUGCACCCCAAACCAAAAAAGGUGAAAAGAGGACCCUAGAAGAUGCAGGAGAAGAUGUGCAGCCUAGUUCAAGUUCCCCAGGAACUGAUAGAUGCAGCACAGGACGAUUUAUGGACUCCAAAUCUGAUCAUUAUGAUGUGGAAAUGGCUGGAUCCACUGGGACCGUCAGCUUCCAAAAUGGGACUCGUCGUGACGGUGAAAGGCCUGGUAUGGAUGAAAGUAGUUUCUUUUCUGAUGGAAUGGUUCAGUCUGAUAGGAACAGUGAAAGAUUUGUGACUGCGUACCACAUGCCGGAACUGGGGAGGUUUGAAAGUGGAAGCGGCGUGUCUCUAACAUUGGGGUUGCAGCAUUGUGAUGGUGGUAACAUUCCUAUCUCUAGUGGGACUCCUCACAGUUUUGUUGCCGUGAGAGACGAUGAUUUGUACAAUGCAGCAGCUUCUUCCGUUGGUACAGAGACCACAGAUUUCGACCAGCAGCACAGAUUUGGUUCCUCCCAUCUAUUACGUGCGCGUGAUUUUGUCGUAUGAAAGAUCCUUCAUUGCUUAUCCACAUUGGUUAUGUUGAUUCUUAGGGGGAGAAGACAACAGAUAGUGUUAGGGUUUUGACUUGUGACAUGCUUGCAAGUGUUGAAAGGAAAGAUUAUUCUCCUUGAAACAUUGGAAACAUAAAAGUCAGUUGUAAUAUAUGAUCGAAGAACUUGAUCGAAGCUCAGCAUAUUUGUAAAGAUAAGAUCCAUAUUAUUUCUUUAAUGUGCAAAGGGAAAAUGUACAAUCGAUGCCAA